AUGCGAGGGGUGAAGAAGGAAAACUUGCCUGAAAAAACGUGCGUCGUGUGCGAGCGAGCGUUCACGUGGAGAAAAAAGUGGGAGAAUUGCUGGGACGAGGUGACGACGUGCUCGAAGAGCUGCAACGCGAAGAGGAAGAGCGAGAGGCAGAAGACGAACGCGCAGGCGAGAGCGAGCGAGGGAGACGACGGCGGGAGCGAGAGCGGGGAGCGGCGCGAGCGAGCGAAACACAAGGCCAAGGUGAAAGCGCAGAAGGCGGAGAGGCGGGCGAGAUUGGAAUUUAACGGUGAUCCUACGAGCGGUCAAAAGCCGUGCGACGAGUGCGAGAAGAUGGUGAACGAACUGAUUCGUUGUCAGACGGAUGCGACAAAGCGCUGGAGGAUGGUUUGCGGUAAGUGUUGGGUACAAGUCAGCGGCGGCGUCGUGGACGGCGACGCCGAGCAUCCACAUUAUCGUUACGGUGGGUUAUGGAAAAAUCGUCGCGCGCAGCAGAGCGGUGAAAGUGGCAUAGAGCCCGUCCCAGCGUGA